GAUAAAAUUACGGCCGCGAAUGCUGCGAGACGUUUCUCAACAGGACAUCUCUGUCACGGUUCUAGGCCACCAGCUUAGCAUGCCAAUUUGUGUGUCACCUACUGCUUAUCAAGCAAUGGCACAUCCAGACGGGGAACUGGCCACAGUCAGAGCGGUUAAGUCUGUAGAUACAGCAAUGGGUUUAAGCUUAUACUCCACAAACAGUCUUGAGGACGUCGCGCGGGAGUGUCCGAACACGAUCAAAUUCAUGCAGUUGCAGUUUUACAGUGAUCGGCCAUUUAUGGAGCAAGUGGUAAAACGAGCGGAAAAAGCAGGCUACAAAGCAAUUUUCCUAACAGUUGAUAUUCCGGUUUAUGGUAGACAUAAAGCCAGGCGCAAUUUUCACCUCCCGAAACAUCUGAAGUAUGCUAAUUUCAAAUCGUUACAUACGGAGAAAGGACUUCGCACUAAUGAGGAGAUUGAUAAUUAUAUUAUCAAUGCAUCUGACGCCAGUGUUGAUUGGAAGACAUUUGACUGGCUCCGUUCGAUUUCGUCCCUUCCGUUUGUUCUCAAGGGAAUACUGACUCCAGAAGAUGCUUGUCUCGCGGUGCAACAUGGGGCUCAGGGAAUUAUGGUCUCAAAUCAUGGAGGACGGCAAUUAGAUGGUGUCCCGGCCACUAUUGAGGUGUUACCCGAUAUAGUGGAAGCCGUGCGAGGGACUGGGAUCGAAGUGUAUAUAGACGGUGGUGUGAGACGGGGCACUGAUGUUCUAAAGGCCCUUGCUUUGGGGGCACGAGCAGUGUUUGUUGGCAGGCCAGUUAUCUGGGGACUCGCAUAUAAGGGAGAGCAGGGUGUAAGUAAAGUCCUUGAGAUGCUUAGAGAUGAACUGAAGGUGGCCAUGGCUUUGGCAGGUUGUGCAUCUCUCAAGGACAUUACCCCAGCUUUAGUGAUGAGACAAGCAAGUAAUCUGUGAAAGGCUUAGAAUUCGAUGAUAUGCUGAGAAAUGGCAAUUUUCCCAUCAGGAAAAUCAGAGCAGCAGUGAAAUGAAUUGCUUUGAAUUUAAACUGGGGAUAUUUAUUCCCAGUGAAAAAAUUUAUUUGCAAAAGCGAACGCAUUCUUGCAAGCAUUCAUAGAAGGAGUUUCAAUAAUUUUAUGUGACAACAGUCGUUGUCCGUUUUUUGCUAUUUUAAUAGAUUUUGUAAAAGAGUGCGAUAAGCCCAGAUUUUAAUACUAUAAAUUUUUUUUUUUAAACUAAACGGAUUUUCGACAGUAGAUACGUGAAUUACACCAUAUGCACUCACUUUCACCCUUCCAGAGAACGUAUUAACCUCUCUUGAAUUUGUCACAUCCUCCUCUUUUUAUUUCCACCGA